AUGCGACUGCAAUGCCUCAGAAACGUGUGGCGCACUCAUAACAAAUUAGAAGUCAGCAUGCCGAAAGCUCAAUGUCACCGUUUAACCGCUAACAGACUAUAAUGAAACGACUUUAAAACGCCGUUGCCGUUACAACGGAAUACAUAGACGACAUCUACAAAGAGGUAGGCAGUGACCUCCUCAGGAUCUUCUGACUUGCCUCCAUCUUUUGAUGGCUACCUGCAAGCUUAACAUGUCCAUCCAGAUCUGUAGGCUGCUGGAGUUGGCCUUGCACUCACCCUGCUGCCCAGCCAUCAGAAGCCAAUGUUGUUUACCAAAGACAAUUUUAGUAGCUAACAGUGUGCCUGGGGUUCCCGUGCUUCAUAAAAGGGCCUACAGCCUUGAAUCUCGUUCCUCCGGGCCUGGUCGACCAAAGUUUAGUGUAAGCUCUCAGCAACCACGUGCAGAGAGGAUGUCCAACUCCUCAGCACUCACCCACAGGAACCUGUCUGCUUUGGCUUUAAAGGGCCAGCAUCUUCCUCUGUGCUAUUUUGACUCCCUGGAUCUUGGUGAGGUUAAGGAGAAUGUUCGCCGUGCUCGCACUUGUAAGAAAGGCAGACGCUUCUUAGUGGACCCAGACUUGGCUACACUCGUAGCAGACCACCUCGGACCUGACCUACACAAUGACAAGACUAUUAUCUUUGAUUGUCACCCAGGUCCCGGGGUGUUGACUAAGACACUGCUUAAUGCUGGAGCUCAAAGUGUUGUGGCUCUUGAGCCAAACAAGAUAUUUCUUACUGAUCUGCAGGAGUUGGAAUGCAAAGUUGAUGGUCGGCUGAAAGUGGUUCAUUGUGACUUCUUUAAAUUGGACGCUGGCUUGGAUGGAAACUACAAACCACCUGUCUUAUCCUCUGAGAGACUCUUCUCAGAACUGGGAAUAACAAAGGUCAACUGGAUGGAUGACAUCCCAGUGAAGGUUGUGGGCAUCCUGCCUCAGCGUCUUGAACGUGCCAACCUGCUGAAGUUUGUUUAUAACCUAUUAGAACAGCUGUCCUUCUACAGAUACGGAAGGGUGGAGCUCAACCUCUUUAUUAGUGAGAAGGAAUACUUGACUUUGGUGACACUUCCAGGUAAAAUGAUGCAUUACAGACCCGGCAGUGUCUUGUGGCAGAUAGCCUGUGAUAUUGAGCUGCUUCACAAGGUGCCCUGGGAGUCAUUUGUGUCAAACAAACAGUCAUCUCCUCCUAAAGGCAUGCUUCCCAAUGAUCACAUGUGCCUGGUCCGUCUGACUCCACGGGCCAAUCUGUUCUCUGGCGGCCUCACACCAGGCAACGCCUGCACUCUAAUGGUUAUGAUUAAACAGUGUCUGGCAAAGAGGACAGUCAAACUCAUCGACAGGCUAAAUCUCUGGUCACCCGACAGUGGAAGUAAGUUGUUGUCAGAGCUGGCACUAGGCAUGGACAUCCUGACGGGUCAAGUUUCCCCACAUCAAUAUCUUCAACUUUUCCAAUUGAUGGACAACAGCCAAGAGUUCACUCAAAGCUGGCUUUUUGACGAGAUCAUGGAAAACACAGAGAUAGAGAAGUCGAGAUGACAUGUUCAUAAUAUAACAAACACUAUCGUCACGUGAACUGCGUUCAAUCAACCAUACAACUUGUGUAUACUAAUCUGGAAAUGAAAUAUAGAAAAAAGGUAAGUUAUGUUUGGACAUGUACAAGGCGGAAGUACUGAGCAGUUAUGGUUAUUGUUUUAACUUUGCAUUUCCAUUAUGUACUCUUUUUUUAUGAUUCAAUUGAUUGUGAUGCUAAAAACAUGGGCAGCAUCAUAAGGUCAUCAAAUGUGUGCAACUUUGUCUUUGUAAAAGCUCUAAAUGACAGUUCAGCAGAAAUUUGGAGCUCAUAGUGAAACAUGUCUCACUGUUUUGAUAUGUAUUGUCUUUAUUUAAUUGUACGCCAAAUAAAGUUUUAUUUGGUCGGGAAAGGUAAUGCAACUUUCAAGCAGAUUGUUUAAUACACCACUCUUUUGUAUUUUCUGAGUAGAUAAACAUGUUUUCUCAUACAAUUUUUGACAUGGAAAUAAUAUAUUAUAAAUGAAAUAAACAGUUUUGAUUAAUUUGAA